ACCUCACUCCGACAAGAAGUCGCAACAUCUCCAGGGCAUCCUAAUCACCAGCCUUCUUACCGAUACGUCGAUUCCUUCAAGGGUAAUAACCUUACCAUAACCAUGGACAGCACAAACAAGUGCAGACUCUGCAACAACGCCAUGAGGGAGCCAAACAUUAUAGAACACUUCAAGCUAUGCAAGGCCUUACAAAGGCUAAUCUUGCGUAGGGCCGGAAUGCCAGAAGAAGUACUUAAGUACCACCCUCACCGAGACGUGAGACAGAUGUUCCGAAAUGAAAUGGCCCAAGCGGAAUCACAAAGAAUCAUUGAGAAAGCGGAACAGGAGUUGACGAGAAUGACAGAGCAGAGACUUUUAAGGGUAAAAGUACACUACAGACGAACUGAGGACGAAGAAAGAGAAGGCAACAAACAAUGAGAGGACUUGAGACAGCAAAGAAAAGCGGAC